UUUUAUUUCUUACAAAUUCAACCAUAGGCAGAUUUAAUUACUCGAUCAGUGCUGGAAGGUACAGCGCACCUGGAGAAGACAGGAAACUCCAAGGUGAUCUGGGGGACUAAGAUAGUCUACAUCAAAUCAAAUUGACCCUCCUCUGGGGAUACUUGUAUCUGGAGCCUUAUGCAGCCCUGUGAAAGCUUCCAUGAUACGCAGCCUCUCAUCGGUCAGCAGCCACCUGUGAGGUAGGACAUGGUCACCUAGUUGUCAUAGUGGGGCUUACAUCACAAAGGCUGUUGGCUCACCUCUUUCCUGGGUCCUGGACCUGGAGCCUUGAGUGCCUCCGGACGCCUUCGCGAUAGGAGCUGCUCAGCGCAUUAGAGAAGGAAAGCUUGUUUAAGCUGACUUUGAACAAUGGAAGUCAUCGAUCUGAAACUACCCAGCAGAGGUUUUUCCAUCAGUGAUCCCUCUGCAGCGAGAUGCCUGGUGGAUCAAGCUCAGGGCAAUCUUGGCCCAGAGUUUGGCCAGGCAGACAUGGACCUUGACAUUACUGUGAGCCUUCUGCUGGAGAGACUCCAACAGGAGGAGGAGACAAGAGUCACCAUUUACUCCAGCCUGCAGGAAGUCUUGCAGGGGGACAUAAAGAGCCUAGACAGGGACCUUGUCAGGAGGAUCAUCCACUUGGCCUCCAAAGACAUGAGGGAGACCCAGCAAGAAAAGGAUGAAGUGCAGUUGGCUGCAGGAAAAACCCUCGUGGCACUUGCCGGCACCUUUUACAAUUGGGUGAUGUAUGAGCUGCAGUGUCACGUGGGCAUCAUGGAGCUCCCUCCAAUUUACUUCUUGAUUACGCUGGGCGACGUGGCCUCAGCCUAUGCACUGAGGUCUGAGCCCUUCCUUGUGCUGACGCUCAGCAAAUUGCGUUUUGUGCUGAGGCUGGUGGAGACCGACCAGAUGAAGCGGGCGCUGUGUGGAGUUGUGGAAGGCUUUGCCCAGGCUGCCAACCUGAUAUUUCACGUCGGGGACGAGAGCCCGUUCCCUAGCUGCCGGGCAGCCGACUAUGGUUUUCAUGUGCUCCCUUUCUUUAAUCUCAUGAGCAGCAGCUGGCUGACAAGCGAGGACCUGGAGCUGCAGCAGGCUGCGGUCAAGGCGCUGGGACCCGCAAUGGGCCUCCUUCUCCACCAUGAGAGGCAUCGCAAUACUGUUUUUGAGAGGCUCCCCUGUCUCCUGCAGCAAUACGAGGGAGGGGUCGACAAUCUUCAUGUCACCAUGAGUCUGAGCCAGCUCUUGGAGGUAGCCUAUGAUUUUGAGGUCCCUCUCCCCGAUGGGAAACUCAAGAGCAUCUGCUUUGCCCUGCACACCCAGGUGUGUGAUAUCGCACAGAUGCCGGGAUCAGAGAACCAGGUCAAGGUGUUCUACUGCCUCCACCUGCUGGCCUGUCUCUCCCCAGACCAGUUUAUUUCCUUUGUGGGCUCCCGCCUCAAGACCGACAAAGAGGGAAGCUGCGUGGCAUCCCUCUCCAUCUUUAGCGGCAUCAUUGCUGCUGACUUGCCCGAGAUGAGCCAGAAAAAAUGUGCUGUAGUCAAGGCCAUGAGGUGCAUGCUUGGUGAUCAGAGCGCUGAGGUGAAGAAGGCCGUCCUUCAUUUCGUCAGGACACUGCUCAGUGUGCAGGGCCUGGAUGACUGGGCCUGGGACUUAGUGGCCUAUAUUUUCAAGCAGUCCAGCUUGUCUAGGAGCCAAAUGGUAAGAGGAAUGGAAGCUGGGGACUUGGGGCUUCUGUUGUAG